AUGAUGAAGGUAAUGMUCGUGUCYAAACCUAAAUGGGACAUGAUGGCUAAAUUCAUAGUUACAGUGCUGUCRAGGAAGGRAGCAGAUGGAAUGCUUAACAGCUCAAUYAUCGUAAUAAUUCCGUGUCCGCCUCCACUCGACUGCUUACGACUCUCCGUUGUUUUUCUUAACUACACCUCCACUCAAUCCGUUGUUUACGACACGAGCAAUACAGACACGGCAUCGAGACAGCUCCCGUUUGACUCAGUCGUCAGCCGAUGUCAACUGCAGCACGGCGCUCUAGUCUCGCCGCCGUGGUCGGCCGCCGACGUCGCCGCCGCCGAAUCUCUUCCGUGCCGCCGCAGUCUGCCGCCGCCGAUUCGUCUAGGACUAGCAUUUGCAGUCGCGACCACCGGCACCGCCGCCGUUCCGACUGAAUAUCUGACCGACGACUGCAAACUGUGUCAUCGACAUCUUAUGUGGCCAAAUAGCCUGUCAUCUGGAUGCAGCCAGGAGAGCGGCGGGGAGUUGGGCGGUUUCCCUGCUACUGCCGCGGCCGCAGCGUUCGCCGCCGCGGGUGGUUCGGGCGGCGCACCGCCGUCACUUGGCUCGUCCAUGCAGGCCGCCGCCGCCGCGUACCACCUCAAGAAUUCGACUGCGUCUUCACCGUAUGCCGCCGUCAACAGCAUCGGGCUGAUGGACUCGUUGCAGACCAGCAUGGGCUGUUACCCAACAGCGGCUGGUCAGAACUACCACCACCAUCAUUCCACCACGUUGUCCCUGUUCAACCACCUCGGCAACCCGAGAAAACAGCGACGUGAACGAACCACAUUCACCCGGACGCAGUUGGACGUUCUGGAAACAUUGUUCGCCAAAACUCGAUAUCCGGACAUAUUCAUGCGUGAAGAGGUGGCACUGAAGAUAAACUUACCCGAAUCUAGAGUACAGGUGUGGUUCAAGAAUCGGAGGGCUAAAUGCCGGCAACAGGUGAAGCAGAAUCAGCAGCAACACCACAACGGCACUGGAGCGGAUAAGACGGCGUCGUCGAGGAACAACAACUCGACCGGCAACAACGGCCAGAAGUCUUCGGGGAAAUCGUCGGGCGGUGGAGGAAACGCGCCGGUCAACAACAACAAUAAAAUGUCGCCAACGAUAAACGGCGGUGUCGGCGGUGUUGGCAGCGGCGGUGGUGGCGGUGGCGGUGGCGUGACGAGUUCGACGGCCGGCAACUCGCCCGUGUCCACCGGCACGUCGCUGUCGUCCAGUCGACAGUCGCCGCCCGGCGGUGGUUCGUCGUACAUCAAACCGAUACUGAGCGGCACGCCACCACAACAGCCGUCUGCCGUGUACCUCCCGAGUUCCGGUGGUGGAGGUAAUACGCCGGGAUCAAUAUGGAGCCCCGCCAUCACGGAACCACCAUCGGGACUGGUGGACUUGCACCACCACAGCACCAGGUCGUCUCCAGUAGGCUCUAACGGAGGCUACUCGACUAAUGGCAGCACCGGUGGUAACUGUUAUUCAUCUCAUCACCACCAUCACCAACCGCAUCAUCACCAUCCGCACCACCAUCACGCGGCGGCACAUCAUCACCAGAACUACGGUGGUUACUACUCGAACAUGGAUUAUCUGGCGCCACCACCGACAAUGUCAUCGCAUCAAACAGCCGAGAACGGUUCGGAGUCAGCAUGGGUGAAGCGCGAAGACGCGUCGUCGUGGUUUUACAACUCGGCGGGCUGGGAACGUAAGUAGACAACUGAAACCAGGACCGGGGCUGUUGCACGCCACCAUCGCUGCCGCCUCCGUCUUCCCGCAACGCUGCCGCUCAUCAUCCGCGGUGGAUAGAGAUGCAUAUUUUCGCGGGGUGUCCUACACAUAAGUGCAUGUAUAUAAAUUAUCAUAUUCACACAGAUGCCGAAGAUGACGACAGCAGCUGCCUGAAAACCACACAAAGAUUAUACGAUAAUAUGAAAAAUAAAUGUGCCGUCAUCAUUUAAUCGAAUUUUCGACUCGCGUGCGUACGCCAGACGUCUGUAAUAUAAAAUUAUGAUAAUGUAAUAUUGUGAUAAUUGAAUUCAGUGUGGAUGCGCGUUCGUUUACUGCACCGGUUCACGGAUCGAUAUAUCUACGAUGUACCUACAAGAGUAAAUUAUAACGCGUUGUACAGGAUCAAGUAGAACAGCUCUAACGCAGAAAAAUUAUACAAUUAUGUUAUCGUAUUUAUUAAAACAUGUGUGCGUGUAAACGUUAACGUGUAUAAAUGACGUGUAAUAAUAUUACAAAGUGCAGUGAAGCCUCUCUCACUAUAUUAUAUAUUGUAUGUGUACCAAUAUUAAAAAAUAAGAUUGUUUAAAAUUUCAAUUAGAUACCUUUAAACAGUAGACUUUAUAACAAGAGUUUUACCACACAAACAUAUUCUUAUACACGUUUCAUGUAAACGUCAAAUUGUUUAUAGGAUUUGUAUAGUUUACAGAUAAAUCUAUUAAUUUUUUUCUCUCAAAGGUUUCACUGCUUUUAUAAUAGUAAUGCGAAUGUCGUGUGUAAAAUAAAUCUUCAGUGAUCUCGUUUAACUUGUUAAUUUUCGAAACAAACCGUAUGUUGUACUUGCAAUGAACCUAUAUACGCGUCGGUGAUUCGUCAACUUACAUGAGUCAUGUAUAAUUAUAUAUAUAUUAUCGAUUGAUCGGAUAAUUUUGGAUUUAACUUACCGCAUAAACGAUACAUAGGUGGAAAUCUAUUAAAAUGUUAAAGGAACACUUUCAAUAUUAUGUGAACAUGAGGGAGGGGGCUAAUCCGAUUUCCGUCUAUGUUAGAUUAUCUAAAAUAUACUAAUAACCGAUCAAAACGAUAACAGAAUAACUAGCAAAUUAUGUUUAUUUGCACUUGUAUACCKAUAAAUCCUAGAAUAGGUCCUAAAAUCCUGUAAAUAAAAAUAUUUAUCCAAUAGAAGAAAAAGCAUAUCUCUAUUGUAAAAGUAAUAAAAAACGUUAAACUAACGUAUUAAUUUAACUKUUGUUACGCGUAUCGGUUAUAAUAUAAUAACAUAGGUACCAAUACUAUACUAGGUACCUAUGUAAGAAUUAAACUAGGUUUUAGCCGAUUGUUCGAUCGAUUAUUUACGAGCCAGUCGAUAACCGAUGAUUUAUUAUGAAAUUGCAUAAUCCCCCAGCACAAUACACGACCACCCCUCAGCCACGCCCAUAAACCAACGUAUAAUAUGUACACAUACACGAUCGUAUAUUAUUUUAUUGUCGGACGUUAAACUGAACGCGAGAUGAUGUACACACGCUAAUAUAACGAAAUGAUAAGCCAGGGGCGCGGUUUCAGAUUUUCGAUAGGGGUCUGACUACUUAAUAAGCGACCCACUUUUUUUUUCUACAUUGCCGGGGGAUUUGCAGCGCAUGAUAAAAAGGUUAAAAAGCACAGCUAUUUUAAGCCAUUGUCACGUCAUGACUGAUAAUCACUAAAAGUUAACUUUUUAUUAUCCUUUGCUCCUAGCUUCCGUCUAAUUGCCACAAAUUUUGAAUAGGAAAACACUGAUAUACGUAGUCGACUCAUCAAUGAUGUUGCUCAAUGAUUGUUUUGCAUAUCCGGGCUACAGGGAAAAUAAGUCACCUGAAUGGCRGCGACCUCACCUAUAUAGCGUAUUUAUGGGGUUGGAAUAUUUUGGAAAAGUGUUUAGUUUUUCUAAAACAAUAUAGCUGGUAAAUUCUAAUGACUAGCGUCUUUUUUUUUUAAUUACAUUUUGUGUAAUUAAACUGCAGAUGGCACAGACCACAAAUUGAUUUAUAGUGGCUUAUGUCAGCCCAGGUUAUCAUAAUCGUUUUUCAAAUUCCUAACCAAUACGGCUGUUUGCAAUUUUUUUUUGAAAGUUGUCAUAUCGAAUUUGGAAGAUCAAAAAAAAUGAAAUAACUAGAGUCCGUUCUACAAUCAAAUAGAAGUAUAAUAGGUACAAUAGGUACAUAUAUUUCAUUAAAAAGUUGUUUAUAAAAGUUUUUAAAGAUUUAUAAGAACA